UGGAGCACAGUAAUUCCUCUGCCCCAAGCACUGCUCAGUCCUCUCGCCUAUUGGAAAAGCAGAUCACUUGUGAAAGCUAUGUACAGUAGGAUAUGCAUCUGCGUCUUACUUGCUGUCCUCUCCACAAGCUCAAUAGGACAGCAAACUGCAGGAUCUCCAAAUGAAGAUCCAGGGGCCACUGGAAUAGAGAAGCAGGGCUUACUACAGCACCCACGACAUGCUCGUGCCUCCUCAACUGGCCAACUAAAAACCUUCCAGCGCAUUGAUGGAAAUGGAGAUCAAAAGGCUAAUUUGGAAGCUAUUCUGGCAAAAUAUUUUAGAAAAGGCGGACCUUCGGGGAGGUUUGCUGUUCUGCCGAACCGGCCUGUCAUUGACCCCACCCAUCGGAUAAACGACAGAGACUACAUGGGUUGGAUGGAUUUUGGUCGCCGCAGUGCUGAAGAAUACGAAUAUUCUUCUUAAUUAUCAAAACUUUAAAAACAUACUUGCAUUUCUGUACAGAUAAAAUAAAUUAAUUUGUUGUCUUUACAAAUCAGUGUUCUAAAUAUAUAUUUAUUAUGUACUUGUUGUAAAUUUGUUUGUAAAACUAAACAAUGCAAUAUACAUAUGCAGAAUUUUCCAGGAAA